UUUUUAAAUUCAGUUGUAUUUACAAACGUGUAGGGUGUGUGUAUGUUAGUUUAUAAUAGUUUUAACCGGGAGACUAAAAUAAAUAUUAUUCACUUUUCUAUUCAGUUAAAAACCGAAUAACUAUAUUAAAUUAAAGAUUUUGCAUAGAAAAAUAUGCAUUUAUAAGAAGAGAACAUCACAAUCCCUUAAAUUCAUACACCUAAUAAUCGAAAAUGUCCAAAUCUAACCAAGAAAAUCAAUUAAAAGGACCAAUAAUUGUUAAAAGCGCUAUCCCAAAAAAUCGCCAAGAGUUAAUAAAAUGGAAUGGUUGGGGUUACAAUGAUUCAAAGUUCGUUAUUAAAGAAGGACCGGAAGUAUACUUUUCAGGAAAAAGGUACUUAAUCGGCGAGCUACGUUUACCUCAUAUUGCCGGCUGGGUCCGAGAUACAUUUAACAUAGACAUAGGCGUACAGAAACCAAAAAAAAUUCAAGAGUUACCCAAUGAAGAUAAAUAUCCAAAGCCAAAUAUUACUGACGAAGUUUUAGAACAAAUCAAUAAAUUAGGAAUAUCUUAUUCAACCAAGGUAAUCGACAGGUUAAUAAGAGCACAUGGACAAACUUUACAUGAAAUUUACACCAUUCAAAAUUCAACAUUUGAAAGAAUUCCCGAUGUAGUUUUAUGGCCCACGUGUCAUGACGAGGUUGUAAAAAUAGUGACAUUCGCACAAGAAAAUAAUAUAGUGGUUAUUCCUUAUGGAGGCGGUACUGCAGUUUCUGGAGCUCCAGAAUGUCCGAAACAUGAGAGUAGAACGAUAGUUUGUUUAGACACAUCACAAAUGAACAGGAUUUUAUGGCUGGACAAGGAAAAUCUUGUUGCUUGCUUCGAGAGUGGUAUCGUAGGUCAAGAUAUGGAAAGAGAACUGAAGAAACUCGGUUAUACAAGUGGACACGAACCAGACAGCUAUGAAUUUUCUACACUCGGAGGUUGGGUCGCCACAAGAGCAUCAGGAAUGAAAAAGAACGUCUACGGUAAUAUAGAAGAUCUUGUGGUUCAUGUAAAAAUGGUCACUCCCAAGGGUGUUCUACAAAAAAACUGUCAAGUACCACGACUUAGUUGUGGUCCCGAUUUCAACCAUAUAAUAUUAGGAUCCGAGGGAUCAUUAGGAGUUAUUACGGAAGUUUUACUUAAAAUUCGACCAUUGCCAAAGUGCAAGAAGUACGGAAGUAUAGUGUUUCCUUCAUUUGAAAAAGGCGUGGAGUUUAUGAGAGAAGUGGCAAAAAGAAAGUGGCAGCCAGCUUCAAUUAGAUUGAUGGAUAAUGAACAAUUCAAAUUUGCUUUAAUUCUUAAACCAGAAUCUACCUAUUUUGGUUUAGUGUUGGACGGUAUCAAGAAAUUUUAUAUCACAAUGAUUAAAGGAUUUGAUCCAGAUUUUAUGUGUGUUAUGACUCUUCUAUUUGAAGGCGAAGAAAGUGAAGUUAAAAUCAAUGAAAAAAAUCUUUAUAAUUUGAGUAAAAAUUAUGGAGGAUUUCCCGCAGGCGAACAAAAUGGAGAAAGGGGAUAUAUGUUAACGUUCGUUAUUGCAUAUAUUAGGGAUCUGGGGCUCCAAUUCGAAGUUGUUGCCGAGUCAUUUGAAACGUCAGUUCCUUGGGAUAGAGCUGUUAAACUCGUCAGGAAUGUUAAGCACGUGGUUGCGGAUGAAUGUAGACAAUUGGGAAUCACACACUUUUUAAUAAAUUGUCGCGUGACUCAAACCUAUGAUGCUGGAUGCGUUAUUUAUUUCUAUUUAGGGUUUAAUCAUUGCGGUUUGGGAGAUCCUGUGACGUUACAUAACAGGUUAGAAACAAGAGCCAGGGAUGAAAUAGUAGCUAGCGGAGGUAGUAUUUCUCAUCAUCACGGUGUAGGCAAACUUCGACAAAAAUGGUAUCCGUCCACAGUUUCUGACGUCGGAGUAGGUCUCUAUCUGGCAGCUAAAAAUGAACUGGAUCCUAAGAAUAUUUUUGCCACUAACAACCUAGUACAAUCCAAGUUGUAAUUUAUUCAUUAGUUACAAAAGAAACGAUUAUGUGAAAUAGAAACCAGUGCAGCGUAAAACCAGUGAAGGUUUUUCUUUUAGUAUUUUUGUAUUGUAAAAACUUUAGUGCUACUGAACUAAACGUUAAGUGCUUUUUAACUUAAUAGACCAGGGCGCAUC